AUGAUGAUUUCAGCAACUACUCCAACAAUUACAUCACCAAACAACAACAACAAGAACGCAUCUACUCUCCCAACCAAUACCAUCUCUAUUACAUGUCCAACCGAUAAUGAAAUGGUCUAUCACUUUAAAUCAUCCACUUUAUUGGGAACUCAACCACAUCUUCAAAAUGUUGCUUCCAUCAAGAAGGGAUCUGCCCAAGAGAACACUCUGAUGGGUCAAAUGACCCUUACUUGUGCUGGAACAAAGAAGAAGAACCUUGUUCUUGUUACUUUCCCAAGUGCUCAAUUUUUGCAAUUCCAAGGCGUGAAGAAGUAUGGAAAUAUGAACAAGAAGGAUGUUGAAUUUUGGUUUGGUAAGAAGAAUCACAAGUUUACAGAGGCAACCACUUUGAGUAAACAUGUUUCCAAUGGAUUUGGUAAGCCACAAGUUAGAAAGUACAGAAUUUUGAAUAAGAGACAAAAUUUGGCAACUGUCAUGAACAAGUAUCCAACUGCUGUGGUGAGAGGCUCUAAUGGUCAAAUCACACAAAUGAUAUUCCACAAGGAAGAACCAAAAUGGGUGAAGAAUGUGAAAAAGGGUAUUUUGAGAAUGAUUACUACUGAAACCAACAAGGCCGCUAGAAAUCAAACCGAUGGUUUUGGUGGAAAGUAUGCACAAAAGUAUAACAAAAAGAUGAAGAAGAAUCAAAAAGUUAUCAUUUCACAAUCUUUUACUCACAAAGACUUUAAGAAGAUUCCACUCCAAAAGAAGCAUUUGAAUUAUGAAGGUUCUCACAUUGUCACUGUUAACAACAAGAAGGGAUUGAUUACUAAAGCCCUGUACGGAACAAGAAUCUCAUUGGGCAAGAGAGAAUUUGCUCCAAUCUUCCAAACCUUUGAAAAGAAGUAUGGAAAGAAGCAAAAGUUUACCAACAAGUCUGGAAAGGAACAAAUUCAAGCUCUCCAUGUGGGUUCCAUUGUAUUGAAGAAGAUCAAGAAGCAAAACAAGGUGAACGUACCAAAGAUUGUUUCCACAUUCUUUGAUGUUAAAAACGGUUCAGUUGUCAUCAAGCCUGCUUUUAUUGUUGAAAAGACAUUCGGUAUCACAAAGGCUGACAAGAAAGACAUUCGAAAGAUGGUCAAGAAGCAAUUCAAGCCAGUUAAGCUGAUCAAGAUGUUGAAGACUAUUGAAAAGAAUUACAAGCCAAGUCCUGAGAUGAACAAGAAGCUCACAAAGGUUGUUGAAAUGGUUCGAAAGAAUCCAAUCAAGGCUGCCAAGAUCUUGAUCAAGAAUUUGGAAAGAGGUGUUGAAAAGUUGAACAAGUUUCUUUCAUCGAAUGAGAAGGUCAAGUCAUUGAUUCCAUUCCUUGAAAGCAUUCAAACUUUGAUUGCUACGAUUAACAGCACCAAGAUUCAGGACACACUUGUUGAAGUUUCCAAGACUCAUCCUGUCCUUACCAAGAACUAUAUUUACUCCUCUGUGUUUGUUAAGAAUCCAACCAAGGAAGUUCACAAGUUUGUCAAGUCUAUGGCUGACUCGGAUGAAAAUGCAUUCCUUGCCUAUGCUGAUCUUGCUGAUAGACUUCAAGACAAGACACUUAUUGAUGAAAUUGUUUCUGAAAUUUUGAGAAAGAUGACUUCUGCUUCGAGUGCUGACAAAUUCAUCUCUGCUUGCCAUGCUUUGAACAAUGCUGGUCGUGGAGUUCCUCUUUCUAUCAUUAAGCAUUUGAUUCUCUCAGAGUCCAUUCCAUCAAACAUCAAGACAUUGAUUACUGACAAUUUGAAGAAGAGAAUGAAUGAUUCCAAAGUGGACGAUUUGAUUCAUUUCCUUGUCAAUCACAAGAAAUUGAGUGCUAACGUUAUUGCUUCACUCAUUUCUUGCCAAACUGCCAGAGAAGGUCUCCAUAAGAAUGGAACUAGUGUUUACCACUUCUCCAAGUUGUUAAAGAACAACAAGAAUGAUCUCAUCAAACAAGCCAUUCACACCUACUUGUACACCAUUGGUACCAAGGAAGCUGCUGAUGCCAUGGAAAUGUCCUUCCAAGAAGAAGUUAAUGCAUUCACUAAUGCUCACGAACUUACUCAAGCUGCUCCAAAUUCACAACCAACCUCAGGUGAAGAACCACCAGCAACUUGGGAACCAGUGAGCGUCGACGCUGAUGAAGAAACCAAAGCUAGAAACAAAGUAGAAGAAGUGGCCUACAAGAUCAAAUCCAUCUUUUCUGCAGCCAAUUGGGAUGGAGCUCAAGCUUCAUGCGUUCCUGCUUCGAGAACGGAGAAGAUUUGUGUUUACAAUACUGAAAUGAUGAAUUUCAUUAACAAACAAGGUGAUUUGAGUAACAUGGCUAAGGCCAAAUAUUUUAGUUAUGAAAGCAAGUUCGGUACUCAAGGAGUGAACUUGUACACUGGUUUUCUUGUUUAUGGUGGUGCUAACUUCCAAUGCACGAAGGAAUCUGCCUUUGAUGUUGUCUUCUUUGGCCGAGCAGCUGCUGAGGCAAACAUUUUUGAUUCGACUUAUCCAGUUGCUAGUGCCUAUGUGGAAUUGAACAAUCGAUCUCCUAACAGUAUCAACAACAGAGUCUACGUUAAGCUUUUCACCACGACAUUUGUCGAUCAGCCAUUCUUGCCUUCAUUCUCCACUUGCAACAGUGAAACUAAGAAUAUUUUGACCAAGACCAUUCCAUCUCUCUUCAAGACAAGUUACACCAUGGCUAUUGGUCCUGUUCCAAUUACAUUCUCACUUGGUGCUGGCCUCACUUAUGGUGUUGACUUCAAGUAUGGUUAUUGUUUGAACUCAUUCUCUGCCAGUAUAAGUUUAGAACCAACAGUCACCAUUGACAUUACUGGUUCUGCAGAUAUUGGAAUUCCACUCGCUAAGGCAUCCAUUCAAUUGAAAGCAUCUUCCACCUCAAGAGGUAUUCCACAAUUGUCCUUUGAAUCAUGCAAUUUGUGUGCAACCAUGAAAUUCAAUCAAGAGGCUGCCAGUUUCUCUGCUGUCCUCUAUGGUAAGGUUGCUUUGUGGGAAAAGAGUUGGACUCUCUAUCAAUACAAUUUACCACAAACUUAUUCCAAGACUUUGUACGAGCAAUGUGUUUCAACAAAAUUGCAAAGUUGGUAA